CAUCUGUUGGCCUGACCGAGGAGCAGAAGGAAUUCCAAAAAGUUGCCUUUGAUUUUGCUGCCAAGGAGAUGGCUCCGUACAUGGCUGAGUGGGAUGAAAAGGAGAUAUUCCCUGUGGAUACGAUGCGGAAGGCAGCCCAGCUGGGAUUUGGUGGGAUCUAUGUGAAGCCAGACGUGGGUGGCUCGGGGCUGUCACGGCUCGAUACCUCCGUGAUCUUCGAAGCUUUAUCAACAGGCUGCACCAGCACCACUGCUUACAUGAGCAUCCACAACAUGUGUGUUUGGAUGAUCGACACCUUUGGCAAUGAGGAACAGAGGCACAGGUUCUGCCCAUCGCUCUGUAGCAUGGAAAAAUUUGCUUCUUACUGCCUGACUGAGCCAGGGAGUGGAAGUGAUGCAGCUUCCCUGCUGACCUCAGCUCAGAGAAAAGGGGACACCUACGUCCUGAAUGGCUCCAAGGCCUUCAUCAGUGGGGGAGGUGACACAGACAUAUACGUUGUCAUGUGUCGCACAGGAGGCCCAGGCCCCAAGGGCAUCUCCUGCCUGGUGCUGGAGAAGGGGACUCCGGGGCUCAGCUUUGGCAAGAAAGAGAAGAAGGUGGGCUGGAAUUCCCAGCCAACUCGAGCCGUGAUCUUCGAGGACUGCGCUGUUCCUGUUGGCAACCGUUUGGGAGCCGAAGGGCAGGGCUUCAACAUUGCCAUGAAGGGACUGAAUGGGGGCAGGAUAAACAUUGCUUCUUGUUCGUUAGGAGCUGCUCACGCCUGUCUCCUUCUGGCCCAGGAGCACCUCACUGUCCGCAAACAGUUUGGGGAACCCCUGGCGAGCAACCAG